ACAUGCCGGCCCUUCCUCUUAGACAAGCCCUUGGCCCGCAUAGGGGAAGGACAGCGAUGCGGCGCAGCUGCUUCUGCAGCUCUCCUGGGGGCCUCCAUGCCAGAUGCCCCGCUUCCUUGCAGAGAACAAUCAAUCAUGACUACGGAAUCUGGAUCUGAUUCUGAAUCAAAACAGGACCAAGAGCCAGAGCAUCAAGAAGCCUCUGGACAGCAGGGACAAGCUGGGGCUCAACAGCAGCCACCGGAGCAGCCACUCAGGGAGGAACAUCAGCAGGCAUUGGAGCAGUUCUCUGCAGCAGCAGCACAUAGCACUCCAGUGAAAAAAGAGGUCACUGACAAGGAACAGGAGUUUGCUGCUGCAGCUUCAAGACAGCUUGAGUAUCAGCAGUUUGAAGACGAUAAACUUUCUCAGAAAUCAUCUUCCAGCAAACUCUCUCGAUCUCCUUUGAAGAUUGUUAAAAAGCCCAAAAACAUGCAGUGCAAAGUGAUACUUUUAGAUGGAACAGAAUAUCUCUGUGAUGUUGAAAAACGUUCCAGAGGCCAAGUACUAUUUGACAAAGUAUGUGAACAUCUGAACUUAUUAGAAAAAGAUUACUUUGGUUUAACAUAUCGGGACACCGAAAACCAAAAGAACUGGCUGGACCCUGCUAAGGAAAUAAAAAAACAGAUUCGAAGUGGUGCUUGGCAGUUUUCAUUUAAUGUGAAAUUCUACCCGCCAGACCCUGCCCAGCUGUCUGAAGACAUCACCAGGUACUACCUCUGUUUACAGCUGAGAGAUGAUAUAGUAUCAGGAAGAUUGCCAUGUUCUUUCGUUACACUCGCCCUUUUGGGAUCCUAUACUGUUCAGUCUGAACUUGGAGACUAUGACCCAGAUGAAUGUGGAAGUGAUUAUGUCAGUGAAUUCCGUUUUGCACCAAACCACACAAAAGAACUGGAAGAUAAAGUGAUUGAGCUACACAAGAGCCACAGGGGAAUGACACCAGCAGAAGCAGAGAUGCAUUUCUUAGAAAAUGCCAAAAAAUUAUCUAUGUAUGGAGUCGAUCUACAUCAUGCCAAGGACUCUGAAGGAGUAGAAAUUAUGUUAGGAGUUUGUGCAAGUGGUCUUUUGAUAUAUCGAGACAGACUCCGAAUAAACAGAUUUGCCUGGCCAAAGGUUCUGAAAAUUUCUUACAAAAGGAACAAUUUUUACAUAAAAAUCAGACCAGGAGAGUUUGAACAAUUUGAAAGCACCAUUGGGUUUAAGUUGCCAAACCAUCGGGCUGCAAAGCGUUUAUGGAAAGUAUGUGUUGAACACCACACAUUUUUCAGGCUCUUGUUACCAGAAGCACCGCCAAAGAAAUUCCUUACCUUGGGUUCCAAAUUCCGCUAUAGUGGCAGAACACAAGCCCAAACUAGAAGAGCUAGUGCACUGAUAGACCGGCCAGCACCUUAUUUUGAGCGUUCUUCUAGCAAACGGUACACAAUGUCUCGCAGCCUGGAUGGGGCAUCAGUGAAUGAAAACCAUGAAAUAUACAUGAAGGAUUCUAUGUCUGCUGCAGAGGUUGGUACUGGCCAGUACGCCACGACAAAGGGCAUCUCUCAGACCAACUUGAUAACAACUGUGACGCCAGAGAAAAAGGCAGAAGAAGAGCGUGAUGAGGAAGAGGACAGGAGGAAAAAGGCUGAGGAAGUCACUCCAGUCUCAGCAAUACGGCAUGAGGCAAAGUCACCUUGGCUUGGCAACAGUUCAUUUUCCUCCUCACCAUCCUCAUAUAAUGGUCCCAGUGCAUCUCCAGCAACCCUCCGUAGGAGAUGUAAGGAGAAUGUUCAAAAAGCGUUAGGUUGUGAGCCAGCCAAAGACACUGGGCAGACUCGUGGUGAGCCUGACUUGGAUUCUAAUGGGAAAGGGAAAGCUUACGCAGGGGAUCAAGACCUGGCCUUUAGCUACAAACAACAAACUUGCAAAGGUGCAACGCUGUUUUCCUUCUCCUUGCAACUCCCGGAGUCAUUUCCUUCUCUUCUAGACGAUGAUGGGUACCUCUCCUUCCCCAACCUUUCUGAAACCAACUUGCUCCCUGCGAACUUGCAACAUUACCUUCCGAUUCGCUCUCCAUCGCUUGUGCCCUGCUUCCUCUUCAUCUUUUUCUUUCUGCUGUCCGCUUCUUUCUCAGUGCCGUAUGCCCUCACUCUUUCCUUCCCUCUGGCUAUGUGCCUCUGCUACCUGGAGCCCAAGGCAGCCUCCUUGAGCGCCUCACUAGACAAUGACCCGAGUGACAGUUCAGAGGAAGAGACUGACAGUGAACAGACGGAUACUGCAGCUGAUGGUGAAACCACUGCCACUGAGUCGGAUCAGGAGGAAGAUGCAGACCUCAAGGCACAGAAUAGUCUGAUUAAGCGAAUAAAGGGUGAAAAUGUGUAUAUCAAACAUAGUAAUCUAAUGUUAGAGGAGUUAGAUAAAAAUCAGGAAGAACUGAUGAAACAUCAGACCAACAUUAGUGAGCUGAAAAGAACCUUUUUAGAGACCUCCACAGAAACUGCUGUGACUAAUGAAUGGGAAAAGAGACUUUCCACAUCUCCAGUGCGGCUCGCUAUGAGACAGGAGGAUGCCCCAAUGAUUGAACCACUUGUGCCUGAAGAGACCAAAGAAGAAAGAGAAAUAUCUGAAAAAAUUAUAUUUUUGCAGCAGGGAAGUUCUUCAUUCCUUGAGUCUCAGACUAAGUCUACUGGUGAAAAGAUUUUGGAUGGCUCAGAUAUCUUCACUUUAAUAGAUUCUGCAAGAAAACCCACAGAGUUCAUAGGAGGGGUUACUACUUCUUCACAGCACUGGGUUCAGAGAGCAGAAACCAAGACGGAGCCCAGUGAAAUACAGAAAGAAUCAAGCGAGCAGCACCAGCAACUUAGUGCAGAGAAGGUUGUUCAGCAAACAGUGGUGGUGGAGGAGAGACGUGUGAUGAAUGUGCAUGCAAGUGGGGAUGGUUCUAACCUGGCUGGAACUCAUUUGGAUGCUGCAGCUCAGGCAGCAUCUGCUGUGGCUUCUAAUAUUACCGGGAAGGCGGGUUCUGCUCUGACUGAGGGGGCUAAAGAGGAGAAAAGGGAGGAGGAGGAGGCAGCUGAUAAAUCUGUGAUCAAACAGGAAGAGAUUGCCGCUGCUUCUCAUGAGCAAGAGGAGGAGCAGACUGCAAGAUCCCUCAUUUUGGAAUCAUUGGAAUCAAAACCUCAUUUUGAGUCACCAUCUGUGAAGACAGAGACCAUCAGUUUUGGCAGUGUCUCCCCAGGAGGAAUUAAGUUGGAAAUUUCGACUAAGGAAGUGCCAGUAGUUCAUACAGAGACAAAAACCAUAACAUAUGAAUCAUCACAGGUUGAUUCCAGUGCUGAUACUGAGCCAGGUGUAUUGAUGAGUGCACAAACAAUCACAUCAGAAACAACCAGUACUACAACCACCACACACAUCACCAAAACUGUGAAAGGAGGCAUUUCAGAGACAAGAAUUGAAAAGCGAAUAGUCAUCACGGGAGAUGCAGACAUUGACCAUGACCAGGCGCUGGCUCAGGCAAUUAAAGAGGCCAAAGAGCAGCACCCUGACAUGUCAGUGACCAAAGUAGUGGUACAUAAAGAGACAGAGAUCACACCUGAAGAUGGAGAGGACUGACCCCAGGAAUAAUUUAGCUUGCAUAUGAAUCCAGUCAUGCACACCAUUAGGAACACCAGAGCCUAUAUGGAGUCCCCGUUCUAACCCGACUGACUGACUUGUAUCUGUCCAUGGAAAAUUUCAGUCCAGAAGAAUUGAUCUUGACUGUUAAUAAAGACACUGGCAGAGAGAUCUUCCCAUAAUAGAGCAAUCCGAUUCAGCAUCAGUAAACCGAUAUUGCAUGAAGCAACGAUAAAAUUGCAAAAGAGCAGCAUUUUUAAUUUUUACAAAAUGUCUAAGUUUUCAGCUAUACCUGCACGUUCAUAACCAACAAUAUAAACAGUGAUCUCAUGUAACACAUAAACAAUUCAUGCCUUUCACAGUUUAUUAUUAAAGUCUAAACAAAAUGAUAAUUUGUUAGGUGGCAAAACCUUUUUUGUUUACAAAUUAAAUGAAGAUUACCCUCAAAUGCUAGACGCUGUAUAGGUACGGUGUAUAAUGUUUUAUCACACGUUAGAUGUGCCAAUAACACAGUUUAUUCAGUAAACUUGAAUCUUGUUCUUGUUUAUCUGGUUUUAAUAUUAUUAUUAUUAUUCCCCUAUAAAAUGAUGAACCCCUAAUCCUAUGGAAAUAUUUAAUGCUUACAAAAUGUGCUUUGUAUAUCUGAUUUAAUACCUUCUGAGGUAGUCAUGAUUUUAGUAUUUCAACUUGAUUUUCUUUCUGUUGUCUGCCUUGUUCUUCAUUAAAUCCAGAAAGCUUCCAUUUGCCCUUCACAAAUCCUGAAUCUAUAAACUGUCAUUAUUUUGGGGAAACUUGUACUUUCCUUAUAUUACAAGAUUAUUAUUCUGUAAUAACUCUAUUGUUUUUUAUUGAUUUUUUCCUUUAUGUUAUUUGAAAAAAAAACAACAAAAAAAAUGUGUUUCAUUUCAAAACCUGGUCAACAUUUAUAAUCUAGUUCAGAGCGAAGCCUUAAAUUGUACAGAACUUCCACUGUAAACUAUUGAGUGUUCAGUUAUAAAUAUCCAUUGAAGAGUUCUAUUCUCCAUCACACUGUCAACUGCAUCACAACACAUGGUGAAUGUAUGUUUCUGCAUAGUGAAAUAAAAGUGGUAAAUGCAUUCAAAA